AUGAUUCAAGGUUUCAACCAUGAAGGGCAAAGAGCUCUUGGUACUAUAAAGCUACGAUUGCAAAUGCAGGACAUGGACUCCACGGCGUUGCUUCAUGUGAUUGAUGCAAGGACAUCCUACAAUAUGCUUCUAGGGCGACCGUGGCUUCACGAAAAUGGUGUCAUUCCUUCUACAUUGCAUCAAUGCUUCAAAUACUAUCAAAAUGGCACCGUAAGAAAAGUGGAUGGUGAUCACAAACCUUUCACAGAAGCAGAGUCACAUUUCGCUGAUGCUCAAUUCUAUUUGGGAAGAACUAAAGCAACAAUGGUGGAAAGGGAUGUACCACAGGAGGAGUCAGGAUCCCGCCAAGAGAAAGAAUCUCGCCCAAAGAUGGAAGGUUUCACCAUCCCUCUGACUAAGAUUGAUGCCAAAAAGCCCAUUCCUCAGCCACUCAAAGAUUUUGUCCGACCAAAGCAAAGUGGCGCCACAGAACAUGGAGAUCUCUCAGACAAAGAACUCUCAAAACACUUUGGUCCAAAGGCAUACAAACUCCUUGUGAAUGCUGGAUACAAUCCCCAAGAAAGCUCCACGUCAAAGUCUCAUGUGAGAAAAACUGCUAAUACAAGCCAAAAUCCCAAGGCAGGCUUGGGAUACAUGGCGCAAAGCCCCAUUCGUAUUGCCAUCAAGAGAGCCACUGCUAACUAUGCUAGCACCAAGCAAAUCCCGAAAUCUUCAAGCAAUCGGAGAACCCAAAGGGUUUCUAUUUUCAAAAGAUUGGAUGAAAGAAAAGCUCAACGAAUAUCUGUCUUUAAAAGGCUUGGCAAAGGUAAGUCAUGGAAAAAGGACGUGACAAAAAGGGCCAAUGAAUUGGACAUAACAGAAAAGCUAAGGAGCUCGAUUCCUUCUCGUAUGAAGAGGUGUACCACUUUGCUCAUAUCAUGUGGAAAAGAAUUGAAGGCCAAAAUGAAGACAAUCAUCUUUACACGGGAUGCCGAAGACGAUGAAGAUAGAGAGAGUGUGGCUUCAUCUUACUACAUUACUAAUGGUGCUAACAAUCCAAUUUCUCAUACUACUCAAGGUCAAGUGCGUUGCGAAGAUAUUGUUACAUCAAACCAUAUCACCUCAUGUGAAGAAGUGGUUGUUGAAGAAGAAGACGCUGAAAUAGCUCCUCAACAGUUUGAAGAAGGAGUUAAGGCUACUGUUGAUGAAUUGAGAGAAAUUAAUUUGGGCACUAUUGAAGAUCCACGACCCACUUACAUCAGCGCGUUGCUGACCGUUGAUGAGGAAUACUCAUAUAUCGAAUUGCUCAAAGAAUUCAAAGACAUCUUUGCAUGGUCUUAUAAGGAAAUGCCGGGGUUGAGCUCCAAGAUAGCUGUUCAUCAUUUAGCCGUUAGAAAGGAUGCACGACCAGUCAAGCAGGCCCAGCGCCGAUUCCGACCAGAAUUAGUUCCUCUAAUUGAAGCUGAAGUGAACAAACUCAUCAAUGUAGGUUUUAUUAGAGAAGUCAAAUACCCAACAUGGAUUUCAAGCAUUGUUCCAGUAAGAAAGAAAAAUGGACAAAUUCGUGUAUGUGUUGACUUCAGGGACUUGAAUGAAGCAUGCCCCAAGGAUGACUUUCCAUUGCCAAUUGCCGAAUUGAUGAUCGAUGCCACAACUGGGCAUGAAGCAUUAACCUUCAUGGAUGGAUCUUCCGGUUACAAUCAAAUUCACAUGUCACCAAAUGAUGAAGAGUUAACAGCAUUUCGAACCCCGAAGGGAAUCUAUUGCUACAAAGUGAUGCCAUUUGGGUUGAAGAACGUCGGUGCCACUUACCAAAGAGCCAUGCAGAAGAUAUUUGAUGAUAUACUUCACAAAAAUGUUGAGUGCUAUGUAGAUGAUUUGGUGGUUAAGUCUAAGAAACAAAGUAAUCACCUACAAGAUCUACGAAUGGUUUUUGAACGAUUGAGAAAACAUCAGUUGAAGAUGAAUCCACUAAAAUGCGCAUUUGGUGUCAAGUCUGGCAAAUUUCUUGGGUUCAUCGUUCGCCAUCAAGGGAUAGAAAUUGAACAAGCAAAGAUUGAUGCCAUACUAAAAAUGCCCGAACCUCGAAAUAUCCAUGACCUGAAAAGUUUGCAAGGGAAGUUAGCAUACUUACGAAGGUUUAUUUCAAAUUUAGCUGGAAGGUGUCAACCAUUUAGCCGAAUUAUGAAGAAGGGUAUACCAUUCGAGUGGGAUGAGUCAUGUAGAAAUGCUUUCAAGAAUAUCAAAUCUUACUUGAUGCAGCCUCCUGUAUUAGCAGCACCUGUGCCAGGACGCCCCUUGAUUUUGUAUAUUGCUGCUCAAGAACGAUCCAUGGGAGCUCUGCUUGCGCAAGAAAAUGAAGGUGGAAAAGAGAAUGCAUUAUACUACUUGAGCAGAACAAUGACACCAAAUGAGUUGAAAUAUGCUCCAAUUGAGAAGCUGUGUUUGGCAUUGAUUUUCUCCAUCCAAAAGCUUAAGCAUUAUUUCCAAGCUCACACUGUCCGCCUUAUAUCCAAGGCAAACCCUUUAAAGUUUGUGAUGUCAAGACCUGUUUUAUCUUACAGGCUUGCACGUUGGUACCUUCAACUUCAACAAUUUGAGAUUGUGUAUGUUCCCCAAAAGGCUGUGAAAGGACAAGUGUUGGCAGACUUUUUAGCAGACCACCCAAUUCCAGCUGAAUGGGAGUUAAGUGAUGACCUCCCGGAUGAAGAUGCACUUGUAAUCGAUGUCGCCCUACCAUGGUGGAUGUUUUUCGAUGGAGCAUCUCAUAAAGAAGGUGCUGGUGCCGGGAUCGUGUUCGUAACACCAGAACGUCAAGUGCUGCCAUUUUUCUUCACUCUAACUGAGAAUUGCUCUAACAAUGUAGCAGAAUAUCAAGCUCUGAUCCUCGGUUUGCAAAUGGCGUUGGAUAUGCAGCAAUCUCACCUCAAGGUAUAUGGUGAUUCUAAAUUGGUGGUUAAUCAAAUACUUGGAUUGUAUGAAGUAAAGAAACCUGAAUUAUUGCCAUACGUCAAGUAUGCUCGCAAGAUCAUUGAGUGGCUUGGCGAUGUGAAGAUUGAACAUAUUCCAAGAAAUGUAAACAAACAGGCGGAUGCCUUGGCCAAACUUGCAUCCACUAUAGCUAUGGUCAGUGGCGAAACUCAAAUUCCAGUAUGUGAAAGAUGGGUCGUACCACCUAUUUUUGAAGAAGAGAAAGAUGAAGAAAUUGAAAGCCAUCUUGUUGAAGUCUUUGAGAUUGAGGAGGAAGAUUGGCGCCAGCUGUUGGUCGAUUACUUGAAGUAUGAUAAAUUACCAAAUGAUCCACGUCGAAGGGUUGACAUCCGACGGCGCGCCACUCGUUUCAUUUUCUUCAAAGGGACGCUUUAUAGGAGGUCUUUUGAUGGAGUAUUUCUCAGGUGCCUAAGUAGUGAGGAAGCUGCUAAAGCCAUGGAAGAGGCGCAUUCUGGCAUUUGCGGUGCUCACCAGUCAGGUCCAAAGCUGCACUUCCGAAUCAAGAGGAUGGGCUACUACUGGCCAACCAUGGUGAAAGAUUGUCAAGAUUAUGCACAAAGAUGUCAAGCUUGCCAAUUUCAUGCAAACCUCAUCCAUCAGCCGCCCGAACCACUACACCCCACGGUUGCGUCCUGGCCUUUUGAUGCCUGGGGCAUGGAUGUCGUUGGACCAUUGACGAAAUCAUCGAUGGGGCAUUUAUACAUUCUGGCAGCGACCGAUUACUUCUCCAAGUGGGCUGAGGCAGUACCAUUGAGAGAAGUGAAGAAAGAGACUGUCGCUGAUUUUAUCAAGACCAACAUCAUCUAUCGCUAUGGAAUUCCUCGCUACAUCAUAACUGAUAAUGGAACACCUUUCAGCAAUACGGUGAUAAACAAGCUUUGUGAAAAAUUCGACUUCAAGCAACGAAAGUCGUCGAUGUAUAAUGCGCCGGCAAAUGGAUUGGCUGAGGCAUUCAACAAGACUUUGUGCAAUCUGUUGAAGAAAAUUGUUUCAAAAUCAAAGCGUGACUGGCAUGAACGCAUUGGGGAAGCAUUGUGGGCAUAUCGAACCACCUAUAGAACUCCUACGCAGGCAACGCCUUACUCUUUGGUAUAUGGGGUUGAAGCUGUCAUUCCUCUCGAGCAACAAAUUCCCUCUUUGAGAAUGGCCAUUCAGGAAGGGCUAACUGAAGAAGAAAAUGCACGUCUGCGUCUGGAGGAACUCGAAGCUCUAGAUGAGAAAAGGCUGGAAGCUCAACAAAAGUUAGAAUGCUACCAAGCUCGCCUCUCAAAGUCUUUCAACAAGACGGUGCGAGUGCGUUCUUUUCAAGUUGGAGAUUUGGUCCUCGCUGUGAGGAGGCCAAUCGUUGUCACUCAUCGUGUUGGAAACAAAUUCGUAUCAAGGUGGGAUGGCCCAUAUGUUGUCAAGGAAGUCUACACAAACGGAGCAUACAGGCUUCUUUCUGAUGACAACGUCAGAGUUGGGCCUAUCAAUGGCAAGUUCCUGAAACGUUACUAUCCUUGA